AGAAACGAAUUUAUUAUAAUUAAAAUAAAUGUUAAAUUAUAGAAUAAAAAAUAAACUUUUAUACUUAAAAAUAUAAUUAAUAACAAUGGCUAGUGAAUCUGACGACUUAGAUACAGAAAAUUAUGAAAAUCAAGAGGACGAUUUAGAAAAAACUUUAAUGUUAGCUGCUGCAAAUGCUGAUCGUCGAUUAACUUCGACAUCAAUAUCAAGUGAAGAUGAAAAAACUGACGAAAAACCUGAAGAAGAAAUCUAUCCGCCCAUCAAAAAAGCUAAAAUUGAAAUUGCUCAUGAAACUACUUCAAGUCCAAAAUGUUUAGAACAACCCGGUGAGCAUAGUAAAGUUGUCGCUCAACAUUAUAAUGCAUUAGAGGAGAAAGGUUUAGAUGAACGACUUAAGUCACGAAUAUUUUAUAUGAGAAAUUUUAAUAAUUGGAUUAAAAGUCGACUGAUUAACGAGUAUUUAACAAAAGUACGAGAUGGUAAAAGCUACGGUGCUCAUACAAAAGUGUUGGAUAUGUGUUGUGGAAAAGGAGGUGAUUUACUAAAAUGGCGUAAAGGAAAUAUUCAUCAUUUAAUUUGUUCAGAUAUAGCCAGCGUUUCAGUUGAACAGUGCGAAAGCAGAUACAAAUAUAUGUUCGAACGUAACAAUCAAGGCUAUAAUAAUCGACAACAAAAAUUUACAGCUGAAUUUAUUCCAGCAGAUUUAACAAAAUCACGUCUACGUGAAAAAUAUCAAGACAAAACGAUUGAAUUAGAUUUAGUAAGUUGUCAAUUUUCAUUUCAUUACAGUUUUGAAAGUUUACAACAAGCUGAAUGUAUGUUACAAAACGCUAGCGAAUGUUUAAAACCGGGUGGUUAUUUUAUUGGAACCAUACCCGAUGCAAAUGAGUUAGUAGCACGUCAACGUAAAAGUGGACAAACAACUUUUGGUAAUGCGAUAUAUAAUGUGACGUUUCGAUGUGAUACCGACAAACCACCGAUAUUUGGUGCCAAAUAUGAUUUUCAUUUAGAAGGUGUCGUUGAUUGUCCAGAGUUUUUAGUACAUUUUCCAACAUUUGUUAAAUUGGCAGCGAAAUUUGGUCUGAAGUUAGUGAGUAAAGAACGUUUUGACGAAUAUUAUAAUCGCAUGAAAGAUGACGGUAUGCCUUUAUUAAUUAAAAUGCAAGGAUUAGAAACAUAUCCACCAAGAAAUGGUGAAGAGUUGGUGGGUUUGGCACAGGGUGAUUAUGAGCAUGCUGAAGAGUUUAUUAAUAAUUCGAAAUAUGACAAUAUGAAAAUUGGUACUUUGUCUAAAUCUGAGUGGGAAGCUGCAACUUUGUAUUUGACCUUUGCAUUCCAAAAACAAAAACGUAUUGGAUGGACCAAAGAAGGAAAACCAGAGUAUGCGAUAUAAGACUUUUAUUUUUAAAUAAUACCAAUGAAGCGUUUCGCGUUAAAUUGCUUACAAAUUUUGUGAUUAGGCAAGCAAUUUAAUUAUUUGUUGUUGUUAUA